AUGAGAGGUUUGGUUACAAGCACGGCGCAAGCAAACGAGCACAACCACACGAACCCACGACGGUUUGAGGAGGAUGAGGAGGAUGUGGUGGAGGAGGAGGAGGAGCAGGAUGUGGAGGAGGAGGAGGAUGUGGUGGAGGAGGAGGAUGUGGCGGAGGAGGAGCAGGAUGUGGAGGAGGAUGAGGAGGAUGUGGUGGAGGAGGAGAAGGAAUAA